AAUCGAAGCAGCUGGGAGCGCGAGAGGUGGAGCCGGCCUCGGCGGCCGCCCCGUAUCUCUCCCCAGCGCCCCCUCCACGGACCCAGCCCGAGGUGGAUCCAGGCCCCUGCCCAUGAGGGGAGCCCCCCUCUCGGAAGAGUCCCCGGGCCAGGGAGCAGCUCCAGACAACAGCACCGGAGGGAGAGGAAGAAGGGACUGUGCUCUGCUUGGGCGACCCGGACCCUCCCCGCCGCGUUUGGAGGCGGGGGCUGCUCCGAAGUCUCCACUUGGCACGGUCGCUCGGACUAGGGCAGCUCCAGCUGGGACCCCGACCCGGAACCCCUGCGCCUCGUAGGCGGCGGCGCCGCCGCGCCACCCAGCUCUUCCGCGGUCUUCCUCUGCCUGGCGGCAGUCACGGCCAAGAAAGUAUUAUGAGGGAGGCCAAGGACUCCGGGCUCCAGGCAGAGAAGCGGCGCUGGGACUAGGGAUUGCCACUUCUGAGAGGAUGCUGGGAAUCUGCAGGGGGAGACGGAAAUUCCUGGCUGCCUCGUUGACCCUGCUCUGCAUCCCAGCCAUCACCUGGCUUUACCUGUUUGCCGGGAGCUUGGAAGAUGGAAAGCCGGUGUCUCUCUCUCCGCUGGAGUCCCAGCCGCACAGCCCCCGGUACACGGCCUCCAGCCAGCGGGACCGCGAGAGCCUGGAGCUGCGCAUGCGUGAGGUGGAGGAGGAGAACCGCGCGCUCCGCCGGCAGCUCAGCCUGGCCCAGGGCCGCGUCCCCGGCCACCGGCGCGGCAACCACUCCAGGACUUACUCCAUGGAGGAGGGCACCGGGGACAGCGAGAACCUCCGGGCUGGCAUCGUGGCCGGCAACAGCUCCGAGUGUGGGCAGCAACCGGUCGUGGAGAAGUGCGAGACCAUCCACGUGGCCAUCGUCUGUGCCGGAUACAACGCCAGCCGGGAUGUUGUCACCUUGGUGAAGUCUGUUCUCUUUCACAGGCGGAACCCCCUGCAUUUCCACCUCAUCGCCGACUCCAUCGCGGAGCAGAUCCUGGCCACUCUCUUCCAGACCUGGAUGGUGCCCGCCGUCCGUGUAGACUUCUACAACGCGGAUGAGCUCAAGUCUGAAGUUUCCUGGAUCCCCAACAAACAUUAUUCGGGGAUUUAUGGCCUGAUGAAGCUUGUCCUCACCAAGACUCUUCCUGCCAAGCUCGAGAGGGUCAUCGUGCUCGACACCGACAUCACCUUCGCGACCGACAUCGCUGAGCUGUGGGCUGUGUUCCACAAGUUCAAAGGUCAGCAGGUCCUGGGCCUGGUGGAGAACCAGAGUGACUGGUACCUUGGAAACCUGUGGAAAAAUCACCGCCCUUGGCCUGCCCUUGGAAGGGGUUACAACACAGGGGUAAUCCUACUGCUUCUGGACAAGCUGCGGAAGAUGAAGUGGGAGCAGAUGUGGAGGCUGACGGCAGAGCGGGAGCUGAUGGGCAUGCUGUCCACAUCCUUAGCUGACCAGGAUAUUUUCAACGCUGUCAUCAAACAAAACCCCUUCCUUGUGUAUCAGCUCCCCUGCUUCUGGAAUGUGCAGCUGUCGGACCACACCCGCUCCGAGCAGUGCUACAGAGACGUGUCUGAUCUAAAGGUCAUUCACUGGAACUCCCCCAAGAAGCUGCGGGUGAAGAACAAGCAUGUGGAGUUUUUCCGCAACCUCUACCUGACCUUCCUGGAGUACGACGGGAACCUCCUGCGACGGGAGCUGUUUGGCUGCCCCAGCGAGGCUGACGUUAACAGUGAAAACCUCCAGAAGCAGCUCUCCGAACUGGAUGAGGACGACUUGUGUUAUGAGUUCCGGCGAGAGCGUUUCACCGUCCACCGAACCCACCUGUACUUCUUGCACUAUGAGUAUGAGCCCGCUUCAGACAACACGGACGUCACCCUGGUUGCUCAGCUCUCCAUGGACAGGCUCCAGAUGCUCGAAGCCAUCUGCAAGCACUGGGAGGGGCCCAUCAGCCUGGCCCUCUACCUGUCCGACGCCGAGGCCCAGCAGUUCCUCCGUUACGCGCAGGGCUCCGAGGUGCUCAUGGGCCGCCACAACGUGGCCUACCACAUCGUGUACAAGGAGGGCCAGUUCUACCCCGUGAACCUGCUGCGCAACGUGGCCAUGAAGCACGUGGGCACGCCCUACAUGUUCUUGUCCGACAUCGACUUCCUGCCCAUGUACGGGCUCUAUGAGUACCUCAGGAAGUCCGUCAUCCAGCUCGACCUGGCCAACACCAAGAAGGCAAUGAUCGUCCCCGCCUUCGAGACGCUGCGCUACCGGCUCUCCUUCCCCAAGUCCAAGGCGGAGCUGCUGUCGAUGCUGGACAUGGGGACGCUCUUCACGUUCAGGUACCAUGUCUGGACGAAAGGCCACGCACCCACAAACUUCGCCAAGUGGCGGACCGCCACCACGCCUUACCGGGUUGAGUGGGAGGCCGAUUUUGAGCCGUAUGUUGUCGUGAGACGGGACUGCCCAGAGUACGACCGCAGGUUUGUGGGCUUUGGCUGGAACAAGGUGGCUCACAUCAUGGAACUGGAUGCGCAGGAGUAUGAAUUCAUCGUGCUGCCCAACGCGUACAUGAUCCACAUGCCUCACGCCCCCAGCUUCGACAUCACCAAGUUCCGGUCCAACAAGCAAUACCGCAUCUGUCUCAAAACCCUCAAGGAGGAGUUCCAGCAGGACAUGUCCCGCCGCUACGGCUUUGCCGCCCUCAAAUAUCUCACGGCCGAGAACAACAGCUAGCACCAAGAAGCCCGCCGCUGGGGAGAGACCUUGUGCAGGGGGAGAGCCGCUGGCUGUUGGGGGCCCAGCCUUCACAUUCAAAUUGAGCAUUGCUUUUUUUGGUUGGUUUUUCGUUGACUCUUUGGCCCAACAAAGCUGCCCUCCCUGCAGAGAUCUGGGAACAAGGAUCCGGCCCAUCCCUCUCUGGCCCCUGACCCCUCCCUUCCCAGAGUGUGGAGUGCGGUCUCUGCAAGAAUGGGACACGGAGGGUGAGAGGGAGCAAAGGGAGGCUCCUACUGCAAAGCCCCACAGCCAGGCAGCCCUGUAGGGUGUUCUUCUUGCUUUUUUAAAAACAGGAAAAGGCAGGGUACUGGGGUUCACCAGCCCAGCAAAUAAAGCAAAAUUGUCUCUUCCUCAGAGAAAACUUUCCUCUUCCCCUCUUCCCCCUGCAGUUUAACUGGGUAUCCUAGGGGAGGGCACAGCUACCAUCAGAACCAGCUAUUUGGAAAAGCCCAGGGGGGACCUUGGACUUGGCAGGACCUGGAGGUGGGAUUGCUUGGUUCUUUAUCCUCAAGGUCACUCUUGUUUUGUUUGGGGAUUUUGUUUGUUUGUUUGUUGGUUUGUUUGGGGCCUGAGGAAUUCCAAAUAGAAAAUCUGGCCUUUUAGGGCUCUGAAGGAAAAUCAGGUGACACCCCUCCAUCAGCAGUGGCCCAGCAAGGAGGACGAGAGUCUUCAGCCGGUAUUUAAACAUGGGUAGCCUUCUUCAGGAUGCUCACGAGGCCCCAUGACCUUGAAUUCCCUACUUUCCAGAAUCCAGGGGCUGCGACAGGGACUCUGGAAGGACAAAGACCAGCUGUUUUACACUAGUCACGUUUUCCACUGGCAGUGACUCCUUCACGGGGAGAGGGCUCCAAAGGAACAAUUGCCGUGCACAUGAAAGGUACGCACCUCUCAGGCCUUUAGAAGAACUUUCGUAAUUCACACAAGCCCAGUCCCGAAGGUUCUGGAGACCUUCGGGAAGAACGUGUGGGGCUCCUCUGUGUUCACGUCCGCUCCACUGCGGCUGGGACGAGGUCACGACCUCAGGCCCCCUCGGGGAACCCAUCUGAGGACAGGCCAGCACCUUCCCCGUUACACAGAUUGAGGGGACACUGGACUUUUUACCUGUUUUCUUGAAUCGUCAAUAUUAAUGUUGUGUUUACAUUGAUGAGAACAAGAGUCAGGGCCCUCCUCUCGGCCGGGCUGUUUGUAUUGAGUUGCAGGGUGACCAGCAGACGCUGCAUUCAAUAAACGAAAGUUCCGACUGUC